UACAAUCACACACAUUUACACAACUCAUCCGCCAUCACAGUUGCGGUACAGUUUCGCUGUCCGGUUAGGGCGGUUUUUCUCUCUCCAUGUGUGUGUUGUUUUUCCUGGAAACAUUAAGCACCAUCAACACGUGUACCGAUCGCGCCUAAAGCCACAAUGAACCAAGCGAGCCCCGACUCUUUUACACUCGAAUCGUCCUUUCGCGCAGCAACUGUCACGCCGCAUGCGCUUUACCUCACCAACAUUAGCCCAGCUGUGACAAAGAAUCACCUAUCCAACAUGCUCAAUCGAUACGGCACCAUCCUAAGCAUUCUGUACCCGCGAGACGCGCACGGCAAUGGCCUCGGGAUGGCAAAGAUUGAGUACGGCCGGAGGGAUCAGGUGAACCAUGCCGCCGGUCAGCUGAACGGCGUGUGGAUGCUAGGCUGCCGAAUGAACGCGUCCACCAGCUUCAAUCCGUCGCAGAAAUCGGAGGAAGCGAAGAUGAGAGCUAAGCCACCACCUACCUAGCAAACGCGCAAAUCAAAUAAUACAAAAGGCCCAUAGAGGGCCUAAGCAACUGUGGCCUUAUUUAUUAACCUACC